UUGGAUAGGGUGGGGUCCUAGCGCAACUUCAGAAAAAGCUGAACAAGGAAGCGCGGAGGAGAUGGAGGGGGACAAACUUAUGGUCCCCCCCAGUGGGGACCAAGGCUCUCAGCGAAGCAGCGUCUCUUCCACCGGUCCUCGUGCCCAGGAUGUCCUGGUUUAUCUUGUGGAUGACACUGUGGUGCGUCUAACGAUGGACAACCUACCCUCCGUCACUGCUCACGAGUUGCACCGUAUGGUGUUGGAUGUGCUGAAGCUGCCCGAAUGUGCCCUGGAGAUCUUCUCCUUGUGGCUCAUCUCCCCCUUCCUUGAGGUUCAGCUGAAACCCAAACACCAACCCUAUAAGAUCUGCCGGCAGUGGCAAGAGCUGCUCUUCCGUUUCACCGGCUGCUCUGUGGAUGAGAUCAUGGAAGAUGAACCGUCGCUUCAAUUCCGCAGAAAUAUCUUUUUUUUGAGAAGGAAGGAGCUGCAGAUUCAGGAUGAAGACGUUCUGCGGCUCUUGUACGAAGAGGCCAAGUACAACAUUCUGGAAGGGCGGUAUCCGUGUGACCAGGCCGAUUGUGACGCGUUAGGAGCGCUGGUUUGCCGAAUCAACUUGGGCCCCUACAACCCGCAGCAGCACACGGCUUCUUUCCUGAAGGAGAAGCUCGACUGUUUCUUGCCCUCCCACCUUUGCCACAGAGGCCACAAGCUCUUUGCCAGCCUUCGGAAGCGGGCCGGCUCCCGCAGGCCCAUCAGCGAGCAGGGUCUCCUGCGGGCCUUUCGCGAGGUCCCGGAGGCAGAGGCUUGCGAAGAACACACCACUCUGCUCAGGUUGUACCAUGGCUACCUGCAAAAGUGCCACGAGCUUCCUUACUACGGCUGUGCCUUCUUCUUUGGGGAAAUAGACAAGCCAGUUCAGGGGUUGCUGCAUCGGACCGGACGCAAAGCCGUGACAGUGGCCAUUAGCCUGGAGGGCGUCUAUAUUAUGGACAGCAAGGAGAAGGAUGUUUUGCUGGGCCUGCGCUUCCAGGAGUUAUCCUGGGACCACACGUUCCCAAGCGAGGAGGAACAUAUCCUGUGGUUGGAAUUCGAUGGGGAAACUGAAGGCCGACAAGUGAACAAGUUGCUCAAGGUUUACUCUAAGCAAGCCGAACUGAUGAGUAGUCUAAUCGAAUACUGUAUUGAGCUAAACGCGUCUACCAGGGCGCUGGAUUCGGAGCCCACCACGGCCGCAGUGCCCACGUCUGAUCAGCAGCUAGCCAAAAUUCAGCGACAGAGCAGCGUGCUCUGUAGCCGGAUCCAACGUUUAGCCACCAUAGACUACGUCGAGGAAGGGAAAGAGAUCAAGAGGGUGAAACCUCGACGUACGACAUCCUUCUUCGGCCGUCAGCUGUCGAAUGCCCCUACCUCCUACUCAGCAGUACGGGCAGCUGAGAACUUGGAACAGGGCUGAUCCCCAUUUUGUUCCGGGGUAGAAAGGGGACCAGACCACUUUGGGGCAAGGUGACUAAAAGGCCAGCAUCCUUGAUUCUGCCUUCAGGGGUUACUUGCUGUCUACCUCUAUCUCCAACUCCCUGUGUAUAUUUCCUUAGUGUCAGAUUUCAUUCCUGGGUUUAGUCUUACAGAGGUUGGGGUGUCAGAAUGUACCAAGCUACUUUAUAUCCAGAUGUUGAGUUUGUUCCUGGCAUGCCGCAGAGUUGCCGUAAGAGAUCCAUUCUCCCUGCUUACAUAGUGCCAUGGUUACAUUUUUUCCCCCAGACUCGUUUGGCCAUGAGUUUUAAUCCCCAAUUGUUGAUUUCUUCCUGCUUCCGUGUGAUUCCGUGUGAGGGGGGGAAAAAGAAAGAAAUUAUCUCACAAUCCUCAGUCUGGUCUGAGAAUUACAGUGUUUGUAGCUCAAACCUUUGGAACAAGGCUCAGUUUGAGGGAAGGAAGGUGCCCAAGGUGUUCUGUCAGGCAGAAUGCAACUUACUGUAUAUUUGAGGAGGGGGUGGUGGGUCUUUUCAUUCUGUUUCCCCUGGAUCUUGAAAUUUGUGUUCUGUUUGGGGGGGUACUUGCUCCUCUUUUGUCCAACGUCAAGAGAAAUGCAUCUGGCUGAUCGCUGGUUUCUAUCCCCUCUGAAUUUCUGUUUGGAAAAAAGUGCUUUUUUUCCUGUUUAAAACAAACUGACUUCCAUUUUCAGACUCUGUUUGCCCACCUGUUGACUUUUAUCUAGGGGG